CGUAUUAUCGAUAAUAUUUUCAUACAAUAAUGUGGAAAAUAAUGUUUAGUGUUAUAAAAAAAUAAAAAGAAGUUGUGUCAAGAGUUUUUUAUGAAUUGGUACUUAUCGAAUGUUUUAUUUCCAAGAGUAUUGUAAGGAGUGCUUCUGGAUUAGAACAAAAUAUGUUCUUCUCGCCCAACAAUUCAGAUAUACAUACAGAAUCAAAAUCCGACCCCGCUUUAAAACAUCUUGGAGUCUCCUUUGUUAAAUAAUUAUUUUAGAAAUUUCAAACGCAAAUUUAACUUUUGUGAAUUUGUAUAUUUGCGGUUUUCAUUAUAUUAUGUUCAACAAAAUUAGAUCCAACAAUGCUUUUAAUUACACCAGUUAAAAAUAUUGCUACAAUUCUGUAAAGGAAGUCUUAUAAAUCGAAUACUUUAAAUCCCAGGAAUGCCUCACCAAUUUAAACAAAAUCCUGAGUCAUUUUAUAACACUGUAUUCAUUUAAGUGACACAAACGAUCAACGAAAAAAAUUUAACUAAAUUUAGGAGAUCGGAUCGCCCUGUUGAAGGAGCGAAUUUGGAGAUGAAUUAUAUUCUUAGUUUGCUGCUGAUAGCAACACUGGGAGAUAAAUAUGACUACUGGCUGUACUCAAGUGCAGGCUCUCAGACACUGGCAGCAAAUAUUUGGUCUGACAAGACUUUUACGCAAAAUGAUCCCAUUUAUUUGUCUGAUGCAAAUGUGACAAUGAAAGAGCCAAAAAACCUUAGUACCACAAUCACAAACGUAGCUAAGUUUGAUACGAAAUUAAAUCACCUUUUAGUGGACACAAUUACCGGACGAGUCUUUGUCGGUGGUGUUAAUCGAUUGUAUCAGUUAUCGCCUGAUUUGGAGCUUUCCGAAAAGGUGAUAACGGGACCUCAAAAUGAUUCGGUGGAGUGCAGCAUACUCGACUGCCCGUUAAAUGCUGUUCGCAGUCCGACGGAUAAUUAUAAUAAAGUCCUGCUCAUAGAUCGUGCAACUUCUCGACUCAUUGCCUGUGGAUCAUUAUUUCAGGGCACGUGCACAGUGCGUAAUCUUCAGAAUGUCAGUAUAAUUGAGCACGAAGUGCCUGAUGCGGUCGUUGCAAACGAUGCCAAUUCCUCGACCGUGGCGUUUAUAGCACCAGGACCUCCACAGCACCCAGUCACAAACGUAAUGUAUGUUGGAGUAACCUACACAAAUAACUCGCCAUACCGAAGUGAAAUUCCUGCCGUUGCAUCACGCUCCCUUGAAAAGACGAAAAUGUUCCAGAUUGCCUCCUCGGCGGUUACAACAGGAACGAGAACCUUUAUCAAUUCUUACGCUCGUGAAACCUAUUUUGUGAACUACGUUUAUGGAUUUAGUUCUGAACGGUUUUCAUACUUCCUUACCACACAGUUGAAGCACAGUCACCAUUCUUCCCCCAAAGAGUAUAUAACCAAGCUGGUGCGAAUAUGCCAGGAAGACUCAAACUAUUAUUCGUACACCGAAAUUCCAGUUGAGUGUAUUAGCGAUGCCCAGGGUGGCACUAAAUUCAACUUGGUUCAGGCUGGUUUUUUGGGCAAACCCAGCUCUGAUUUGGCUCAAAGCCUGGGUAUAUCCAUUCAAGAUGAUGUUCUUUUUGCUGUUUUCUCAAAGGGCGAUGGAAACACACCAACUAAUAAUUCUGCCCUUUGCAUAUACUCAUUAAAGUCCAUCCGACGUAAAUUUAUGCAAAACAUAAAGUCCUGUUUCAACGGCAAUGGAAUGAGAGGACUGGACUUUAUAUCGCCCAGCAUGCCAUGUGUUUUAACGAAACUGCAAACAAUUGGAGAGGAUUUCUGUGGACUAGAUGUAAAUUCACCCCUAGGAGGAGAAAAUCCCAUUACUUCAGUUCCGGUGGCUAUGUUCAACACAAAACUAACUUCAGUAGCUGCUACGAGCACAAGCGGAUAUACUGUUGUCUUUGUGGGCACAACAGAUGGAUACCUUAAGAAAGUUGUAGUUGAAUCAUUAUCAAUUGCAAAUGAGUAUGCUAGUUUUGCUGUAGACUUGGGCUCAGCCAUUAAUCAGGAUAUGCAGUUUGACAACCAAAACCUUUUUAUGUAUGUUAUGUCUGAGACUAAAGUUUCCAAGGUAAAGGUUUUUGAUUGCUCUGAUUAUAAGACAUGUGGGGAGUGCUUAGGCGCUAGAGACCCAUAUUGUGGGUGGUGUUCAUUGGAGAACAAAUGUAGCCCUCGUUCCAACUGCCAGGACGACGCCAACGACCCUCUAUAUUGGGUCAGCUAUAAAACUGGGAAAUGCACUACAAUAACAAGUGUUGUGCCUCACCAGCUGCAACGGACUACCGCACGAACCUUGGAGCUUAUUAUAGAUCACUUACCGCAGCUAAAGGAGAAUUUAAUUUGCGCUUUUACUACAGAGGAUAAAGCGCUCUUCACUAAUGACAAAAAAAGAAAUGGUGUAAACUGCACAACACCUCGGACUGAUAUGCUGCCCCAAAUUGAGCAAGGAAAACAUCAUUUUACAGCAAAAUUAUCUGUACGCACCAGAAAUGGCCCCGACUUAGUGUCCACAGAUUUUACAUUUUUCGAUUGUAGCACACAUUCGUCGUGUACUCGUUGUGUGUCCUCAGAAUUUCCCUGUGAUUGGUGUGUUGAGGCACACCGAUGCACUCACGACACUGCUGAGAAUUGUCGCAAUGAUAUUUUGGUAACAGGGGUCAGCCGGAUAGGUCCAAGUUAUAGAUCGGGUCCUGGAUUUUGUCCAACGAUCAACGCCACAGGUGAUGGAAGUGAAGUACUCGUUGCUGGUGGCACAAGCAAAUCCAUAAAAGUGAAAGUUCAUAUAAUUGGACAGUUUAUAGUUCAAACUCGAUUUGUUUGUCAAUUUAACAUCGAGGGACGUGUAACGAGCUUGAAUGCUCAAUUGUUGGGUGACACAAUUUACUGCGAUAGCAUGGAAUUUCAGUAUACUUCAAGAUCGCCAAAUUUGACGGCAACUUUCGCGGUAAUAUGGGGUGGUUCUAAGCCUCUUGAUAAUCCUCAUAACAUACAUGUGGUUAUUUAUCGAUGUCGGGAAAUGGCUGACAGCUGUGGUAUUUGUCUGGCUCUUGCCGAAAAGUACAAUUGCGGAUGGUGUUCGUCUACGAAUACAUGCGAAGUUGAAGAACAAUGUAACAAGAACAAGGAAGGAAAAACCGAUUGGUUAAAUCGCAGUGAAAUCUGUCCUAAUCCUGAGAUUCAUACGUUUGAACCAAAAACGGGUCCAUGGGAAGGAGGAACGAACAUAACAAUACGUGGCAUUAAUUUGGGAAAAAAUUAUAACGACAUUUAUUCUGGUGUUCGAAUAGCUGGCAUAAACUGUAUGCCAUUUCCACAAUUUUACAUCGACACGAAACAAAUAGUGUGUACAGUGGAUAGCCCUGGGGAGCAAAUGUACAGAAAUGGCAAAAUUGUGGUACAAAUCGGAGACUAUCGCGGUGAGUCUAAGGAGGACUAUGAGUUUGUUGAUCCGAAAAUUUUGGAUUUUAAUCCAAAAUUUGGCCCUACCUCGGGCGGAACUGAAAUACAUAUAACUGGAAAGCACUUAAAUGCCGGUUCUCGUAUACAAGCAUCCAUUAACGAUCAUUUGCCGUGCAAAAUACUGAGUACAGAAUCUUCACAAGCCAUAUGUCGGACGUCCCCUUCCCCAGGUAUAAUCGAAGGAAGGCUGAAAAUGUCGUUUGAUAAUGGCCCCCGAGAAUUUAAUGAUUACAACUUCAAAUACGUUCUGGACCCAACAGUUGAACACGUUAGUUCAGGGCCAAGUGGGCAAAUAAAAGUACCAAAAGGAAUACCGGCUGGAGGAAUUCGCAUUUCAGUAACUGGUACCCAAUUCACAAGUAUACAAACUCCCAACAUUUAUGUGGUAUAUAAUGGUGAGCUAUAUGCAAGCCCAUGCAGGGUGCAAUCGGAUACAGAAAUGGAAUGUACAUCUCCAGUAAUUGAAGUCGAUAGCAACAUUAUUGAGGCGGAAAGACCAAUGCUUCUUGAAUAUGGCUUUCUAAUGGAUAAUGUGUUGCGUGUACAAAAUUUAUCAAAGGUUCACAACAACCAUUUUGAACUCUAUCCGAAUCCCGAGUAUUUUGUAUUUGAAGAAAGAGUUAAGUAUUUUAAAAGCGAAUACUUAACUAUAAAUGGUCGAAAUUUAGAUCGUGCUUGCAAGGAGACUGAUGUGGAAGUUAAAAUUGGAAAUGGUUUUUGUAAUAUUACGUCUCUUUCAAGACAACAGCUAACAUGCAGACCCCCACCUGAAGCAGCAGCAAUUAAAAGUAUUAAUGGACCAGAAGUUAUUGUUCGUAUAGGAACUUCGCUAGAGUAUCGUAUUGGUAUACUUAGCUACGAGUCAUCAAAUAUCAUUUUGGAUUGGGGAGAAAAUGUAAUUUUCGCUGUAAUAGCUACCAUUGUUAUCUUACUGUUGAUUUUUGUUGCUCUGCUCGUGGCAUACAAAAAGAAGAGCUCUGAAUCUAACCGGGUGCUUCGAAACAUGCAGGAACAGAUGGACAUUUUAGAGUUGCGGGUCGCAGCUGAAUGUAAAGAGGCAUUUGCCGAACUUCAAACAGAGAUGACUGACCUUACAGGAGAUCUUACGUCUGGAGGCAUUCCGUUUUUGGAUUAUCGAUCAUAUGCAAUGAAGAUUCUAUUUCCCAAUCACGAAGAUCACAUAGUGUUGCAAUGGGAACGACCUGAGCUUCUACGCAAAGAAAAGGGCUUGCGUAUUUUCGGACAGCUUAUAAUGAAUAAAACUUUCCUACUACUUUUUAUUCGAACGCUGGAAUCAAAUCGAUACUUUUCUAUGCGAGAACGAGUAAAUGUGGCCUCAUUAAUAAUGGUCACACUACAGUCAAAACUAGAAUACUGUACAGACAUAUUGAAAACCUUAUUGGGAGACUUGAUUGAAAAAUGCAUAGAAGGAAAGAGUCAUCCGAAGCUCUUGUUACGACGAACUGAAAGUGUGGCAGAAAAAAUGUUAAGUGCCUGGUUUACCUUUCUUCUUUACAAGUUUUUGAAGGAGUGUGCUGGGGAGCCUUUAUACAUGCUUUUUCGUGCUGUUAAAGGACAAGUUGACAAGGGUCCUGUCGAUGCUUGUACGCAUGAGGCAAGAUACUCGCUUAGUGAAGAAAAACUUAUUCGCCAGUCUAUUGAUUUUCGACCAAUGAACGUCUAUGCCAGCAUUAUACAGCAGCCCAUGUUUUGCAAUAACUUGGAUAUGAUGCCAUCUCAAACCGAAAACGUAUCUGUAAAGGUUUUAGACUGCGAUACAAUUGGACAAGUAAAGGAAAAAUGCUUGGAAACAAUUUAUAAAAAUAUUCCAUCUAGCCAAAGGCCUCGCAAGGAUGACUUAGAUCUAGAGUGGCGUACCGGCAAUUCAGGUCGGGUGAUUUUGUACGAUGAGGAUGUAACAUCGAAAACGGAAAGUGAAUGGAAGAAACUUAACACUUUGCAACACUACAAUGUUCCAGAUGGUGCUGGGCUAAGCUUAGUACCAAAGCAAAGCUCCAUUUAUAACUUCAGUAUAUUGUCGGAUAAAAAUGAGAAAUCUCACAAGUAUGAAACUCUAAAUAUAUCGAAAUACACCUCCUCCUCUCCGACAUUUAGCCGCGCCGGCAGCCCUCUUAACAAUGAUAUGCAUGAUAACGGCCUAAGAUACUGGCAUCUCGUUAAACACCACGACAGUGAUAUGCAGAAAGAAGGAGAACGGGUUAACAAAUUGGUAUCUGAGAUUUACUUAACCCGAUUAUUGGCUACCAAGGGCACACUUCAAAAAUUUGUAGAUGAUCUUUUUGAAACAAUAUUUAGUACCGCGCACCGUGGAUCGGCCCUGCCAUUAGCUAUAAAAUACAUGUUCGACUUUCUUGACGAUCAAGCUCAGUUGCAUGGCAUAACUGAUCCAGAAGUUGUGCAUACUUGGAAAAGUAACAGCUUACCAUUGCGGUUUUGGGUAAACUUAAUUAAAAAUCCAAAUUUUGUCUUUGACAUACAUAAGUCGAAUAUAGUGGAUUCCUGCUUGUCAGUUGUAGCUCAAACAUUUAUGGACUCUUGUUCAACCUCUGACCAUCGAUUGGGUAAAGACUCACCAAGCUCAAAACUUUUAUAUGCUAAAGAUAUACCAGAGUACCGAAAAUGGGUCGAUCGCUAUUAUAGAGAUAUUCGAGAUAUGUCCCCAAUAUCAGAUCAGGACAUGAAUGCCAUGCUUGCAGAAGAAUCAAGGUUGCACACAACAGAAUUUAAUACAAAUUGUGCUCUACAUGAGCUGUACACAUAUGCUGUUAAGUAUAACGAACAGCUUACUGUCACCCUGGAGGAGGAUGAAUUUUCGCAAAAACAGAGAUUGGCAUUUAAAUUAGAGCAAGUCCACAAUAUUAUGUCGGCAGAAUAAGAGCUGAAGAACAAAUUACAAGUGGACUUAAUUAUAAGCUUCCAGUUUAUUAAAUCAUGAUCCAUUAAAAAGGAACGUCUUAAUUUACCAGCCAAUAUAAUGUAUUUUUUGGAAUCUAAAAAGUCUUGUUUAAAGCUGUACGUUUAAAUUAUAUAUAUAACUUAACUGAC